UGGAUUUCUCUUUCCUCCAUCAUCAUCACAACCACUCGCUUUCGAGGACAAAUAAUCAUUUCCUCUUCCAUUCGCUCGGUUCAUUCGUUUUGCUAGUGAAAUCUUGGGAGUUUCCAAACACUUUUGACAUUCUUUCGUCGCUCAAUCCCGGCUACCAACUAUCACAAUGGUUAAAGCAGGAGCUAUUGCCUUGCUGGCUAUUGCCGGCCCGGCUUUCGCUGGAGUUGUGAAGGAACGCGGAGGGGAAUACAUUGUUCCCUUGUCCACGGGCGUUCUUCCUCCUCCUCCUCCUCCACCUCCACACCACACUCCUCACCCUCCUCCACACCACACUCCUCGUCCUCCUCACCACACUCCUCAUCCUCCUCACCACUCCCCUCCGCCUCCUCCGCCUCCUCACUGGCCCACCUGGUCUGUCUCGACACCUACGCCCGAAGUGACGGUGUCCACGCCCUGUGAGACGCCUACGCCUUGGGAGACUCCAUCGCCAACGCCCUGGGAGACUCCAUCGCCGACGCCCUGGGAGACUCCAUCGCCGACGCCCUGGGAAACUCCUUCGCCGGCUCCUUGGCCUACUCACUCUUGGGGGCCGUGGCCUAACCAGACCACCGAGUACAUCACCAAGACGACUACCAUUGUCACUACCACCUGUCCAGUUACCUCGUCUGUCAUUACUACUGGAACGGAGACCCUCACUGUCCCAGUCACUGAGACGAACACCAUCACCCUCACGCAGACAACUGUUGUCCCGACUGAGAUUCCAAUUCCAGUUCCCACAACUAUCGUUCCUGCUCCUCUGCCUGGAAAGAACGAGACCUACACCACCAAGACGACAGCUUAUCUGACCACCAGCUACCCAGUUACUUCAUCUGUCAUCAUCAGUGGAAACUUUACGCGAACUGUCCCAGUUACCCAGAGCAGCACCUACACCCACACCGCUGUCACUGUUGUCCCUGUUGUCCCUGCUCCCGAGAAGCCUAGCUAUGUGGCCCCCGCUUCCUCCGAGCCUACCUCUGCUGCGGAGAAGCCUACCUCUGCCCAGCCGACUCCUGUUGGCCCUAGCAAGGCUCCUGUCUUCACUGGUGCUGCUUCUCGCCUCGACAAGCCCGUUGCCGGCUUCAUUGCCGCUGCUGUUGGUGCCAUGGCUCUCCUGUAAGGGGGAUAGGUCAAAUGGAUGCGCGACGAAAUUUGAUAUUUUUGGUUCUCGGAGUUUCACCGGUUCGGUUCAUAAGAGGACUGGACCCUGCUGCUGCAAGGUCUAUCUCAUAUAAUUCUCUACGGAAAAAAAGAAAGAUCGUCUCUGUUCACGUUAUCAAUGGGCACAAUUGUGGCAUUCCUUUUAUUGAAUACUAACUUUUAAUGAUAAUAAUAAUAAAAGAUAUCCAGAUAUAUAAGUAGCAGAAAU